AAGAGGCUGAAGCCUCUAAUCUGGACCACGUGGUUCUGGACGAAGAUCAUUCUGGGUCCAGACGGCUGCAGAACCUCUGGAGGGACUCCAGGGAGGAGGCGCUGGGAGAAUACUACAUGAGGAAAUACGCCAAGUCUUCAGUGGGAGAGCAUUAUGCUGGCGGUCCCGAGGAGCUUUCUGAUGACAUCACGCAGCAGCAGCUGCUUCCUGGAGUCAAGGACCCGAACCUGUGGACUGUAAAGUGUAAGAUCGGGGAGGAGAGAGCAACGGCCAUCGCUCUGAUGAGGAAGUUCAUCGCUUACCAGUUCACCGACACACCGCUCCAGAUCAAGUCCGUGGUGGCGCCCGAUCACGUCAAAGGCUACAUUUACGUGGAGUCGUACAAGCAGACGCACGUCAAGGCCGCCAUCGAGGGCAUCGGUAAUCUGAGGAUGGGCUUCUGGAACCAGCAGAUGGUUCCCAUCAAAGAGAUGACGGAUGUCCUGAAGGUGGUCAAGGAGGUGACCAACCUGAAGCCCAAGUCCUGGGUCCGGCUCAAGAGAGGCCUGUACAAGGACGACAUCGCUCAGGUGGACUACGUGGAGCCCAGCCAGAACACCAUCUCCCUGAAGAUGAUUCCUCGCAUUGACCUGGACCGCAUCAAGGCCAAGAUGAGUCUGAGAGACUGGUUCGCUAAGAGGAAGAAGUUCAAGAGGCCUCCGCAGCGACUCUUUGACGCUGAGAAGAUCAGGUCUCUGGGUGGGGAGGUGAGCCACGACGGAGACUUCAUGAUCUUUGAGGGGAACCGCUACAGCCGCAAAGGAUUCCUGUUUAAAAGCUUCGCCAUGUCCGCCGUGAUCACAGACGGCGUGAAGCCCACCCUGUCGGAGCUGGAGAAGUUCGAGGACCAGCCUGAGGGAAUCGACCUGGAGGUGGUGACCGAGUCAGGGAAGGAGCGCGAACACAACCUGCAGGCCGGAGACAACGUGGAGGUCUGCGAGGGAGAGCUGAUCAACCUGCAGGGCAAAAUCCUCAGCGUGGACGGCAACAAGAUCACCAUCAUGCCCAAACACGAGGACCUGAAGGACCCCCUGGAGUUCCCGGCCCACGAGCUGAGGAAGUAUUUCCGGAUGGGCGACCACGUGAAGGUGAUCGCCGGGCGCUACGAGGGCGACACGGGGCUCAUCGUGCGGGUGGAGGACAACUUCGUCAUCCUCUUCUCGGACCUGACCAUGCACGAGCUCAAGGUGCUGCCCAGAGACCUGCAGCUGUGCUCGGAGACGGCGUCCGGCGUGGACGUGGGGGGGCAGCACGAGUGGGGCGAGCUGGUGCAGCUGGACCCGCAGACCGUCGGCGUCAUCGUCCGCCUGGAGAGGGAGACCUUCCAGGUUCUGAACAUGCACGGCAAGGUUCUGACGGUGCGCCACCAGGCGGUCAACCGCAAGAAGGACAACCGCUUCGCCGUGGCGCUGGACUCCGAGCAGAACAACAUCCACGUCAAAGACAUCGUGAAGGUGAUCGACGGGCCGCACUCGGGCCGGGAGGGCGAGAUCCGCCACCUGUUCCGAGGCUUCGCCUUCCUGCACUGCAAGAAGCUGGUGGAGAACGGAGGGAUGUUCGUCUGCAAGACCAGACACCUGGUUCUGGCCGGAGGCUCCAAGCCCAGAGACGUGACCAACUUCACGGUUGGCGGCUUCGCUCCCAUGAGCCCUCGCAUCAGCAGCCCCAUGCACCACGGCGGAGGAGGCGCUCAGCAGAGAGGAGGCGGAGGAGGAGGAGGGGGGUUCGGGCGGGGUCGAGGACGCAGAGACAACGAGCUGAUCGGUCAGACGGUGCGCAUCUCCCAGGGUCCUUACAAAGGAUACAUCGGUGUGGUGAAGGACGCCACGGAGUCCACGGCCCGGGUGGAGCUGCACUCCACCUGCCAGACCAUCUCUGUGGACCGGCAGAGGUUGACCACCAUGGGCGCCAAGCGGCACACGGGAUCGACCUCGGCCCACGGACGCACGCCCAUGUUUGGCUCCCAGACGCCGAUGUACGGCGCCGGCUCCAGAACGCCCAUCUACGGCUCCCAGACGCCGAUGCACGACGGAAACCGAACGCCUCACUACGGCUCCCAGACCCCGCUGCAUGAUGGGAGCAGGACCCCCGGGCAGAGCGGCGCCUGGGACCCCAGCAACCCCAACACGCCCUCCAGGAACGAUGAAGAGUACGACUUCGGGUUCGAUGACGAGCCCUCGCCGUCUCCUCAGGGCUACGGUGGGACCCCCAACCCCCAGACCCCGGGCUACCCCGAGGUCCCCUCCCCACAGGUCAACCCCCAGUACAACCCUCAGACCCCGGGGACGCCUGCCAUGUACAACCCGGAGCAGUAUUCUCCGUACGCGGCGCCGUCUCCACAGGGCUCCUACCAGCCCAGCCCCAGUCCGCAGAGCUACCACCAGGUGGCGCCGUCGCCCGUCGGCUUCCAGAACACGCACUCGCCGGCCAGCUACCACCCGACCCCCUCCCCCAUGGCCUAUCAGGCCAGUCCCAGCCCCAGCCCGGUGGGCUACAGUCCGAUGACACCCGGGGCGCCCUCCCCCGGCGGGUACAACCCCCACACCCCCGGCUCCAACAUCGAGCAAGGCAGCGGCGACUGGGUGACCACAGACAUCCUGGUGCGGGUCAAAGACUCCUUCAUGGACCUGAUGGGUCAGAUCGGCGUGAUCCGGAGCGUCACGGGAGGGAUGUGCUCCGUGUUCAUGCAGGAGUCCGAGAAGGUGGUCAGCGUCAGCAGCGAUCAUCUGGAGCCCGUCACGCCGACAAAGAACAACAAGGUGAAGGUGAUUCUGGGAGAAGACCGCGAGGCCACGGGGAUCCUGCUGAGCAUCGACGGAGACGACGGCAUCGUCCGCAUGGAGCUGGACGACCAGCUGAAGAUCCUCAACCUGAGGUUCCUGGGCCGGCUGGACCACUGAGGGAACCGCUUUUCUACUUUUUACGUUUCUCUUGAGUGGUCCCGUUCUGCUUUUAGUGCUUUUCAUGUGUCAGGUCUUUGAUUUCUGGGCUCCAAACAAAGUGUAUCAAUGCGUCAAUAAACUGUGAACCGGU